AUGUCCUAUUACGACGAUGACCGGCCUCGCCGGCAAAAGAGCACCCGCGAGCGAUCUCGAAGAGAUGACUAUGAGGACACAGUUUACGAUACAAGCACGAGAGACACUCGCAUAGUCAAACGGCGCGAUGACAGUGUUGAUUCGAUUGAAGAAGUGUCCCGCGACUUUGCCCCUGGUGAUCGCGGCACCGUCUAUCGUGAAACCACUGUGCGCAAGAGUGGCCAUCGGCCCGUCCGUGCUAGGUCCUCUGACGAUCGCUAUUACGAUGAUCGUUACGAUGACCGCUCAUAUGUUUCGCGGCGCAAGUACGAGGAUGACUACGUUGUCGUCGACAAUCCCAAACGUAAAAGCCGUGACUAUGACGACAGACGUCGCUCUCGACGCUACUCCUCCGACUACGAUUCUCGCAGCCGCAGCCGCAGCCGUUCACCUCCCAAGAAAGAGCGCAGAAAGUCCACCACUGAAGAGCUGUUAGGAUCCUUUGGCCUGGGUGGUAUUGCCGGUACCCUGCUCGGAAAGAGUAAGAGUCGUGACAGGUCGAGAUCCAGUUCGCGCGAUGGCCGUCAUCGAAGCCGGAGCCGAGCUGGUCGCCGUUCGUCGUCCGAUCGAUCGCGAGCCCAAAGCAAAAGCCGUGGCAAAGUUCGAAGCGAACAAAUCUCCCAAGCCAUCAAAGCUGCCGUCCUGGCUGGCGCUGGUGAGGCAUUCCGUGCUCGAAAAGUUGAAGGUGGCUGGGGCGGCGAGAAAGGCAAACGGAUCAUCACCGCGGCCUUGGCGGCUGGAGGUGUCGAUGGUUUGAUUUCGGACAAGAACGACCCUCAUCACCAUUCAAAGCGCGACAUUCUAGGCUCUGCUAUUGCCGGUAUGGCGACCAACCGCAUCAUCAACGGGCCUCGGUCGAAAUCCCGCGGCAGAAACGGAAGCCCAGACAGUCGUCGCGGGCGGAGUCAGUCCCGAGGCGGGCUGGGAGACCUCGCUGCUGGCGGCGUGGUGGCAGCCACGGCAAAGAAAGUCUUUGAUUCGGUCCGCUCUCGAUCGCGCGGACGUGCUCGUUCUCGAAGCACAUCGUCGGACAGCCGUGGUAGUCGAAGCCCUCCUCGGCGCAAGCGGAGCCGAAGCGUAUCUGCCUUUGCGGCCAAGGGUCUUGCAGCCCUGGGGUUGAAAGAUACAGCGGACAAGGUCGACCCCAACCGUGAGCGUGAUCGUCGCCGAAAUUAUGACGACUACUACGAUGAUGGUCGAUCAAGUCGAAAUGGAGGAUAUGGAUACAGUGAUUCCCGAGAUGUAGGUACCAUUCAACCCCACUUUGGUUCUCCUAAUGGCGGUCCUCGUUCCAUGAGCGUACCCAGGGGGCCGCCUCCUGGCUACGAGCUCGACUACGGCCCACGUCAUACUGGUGACCCAGAAACAGACUCCGAUUCUGACCUCGGCUCCAGUUCCGAAGAUGAGAAAGAGAUAAAGAAAGGUCGCAAGAAAAUGUUUAUUACCGGAGGUCUUGCGACGGUCGCGACCAUUCAUGCCGCGCACAGUGUCUACCAAAGCAUGGAAAAACGACAGGCGAGAAGAAGGGCUGUAAAGGAGGGUGAUAUCACCGAAGAGCAAGCGAGGCGAGCAAAGAACAAGAACAGGUUGCAGGAUGCUGCGAGUAUUGGAAUCGCUGCCCUUGGUCUGAAGGGGGCCUACAGUGAGUGGCAGGAGAUGUCAGAGGCGCAAAAGGAGGCCAAGGAGGAGAAGGAGAAGCGUGAGCGACAUAAGAUGAAGCGAGAAGCAAGGAGACGAAAGAUGAGCAUGAUCGCCGCACACAACUAUGCCGACAGCGGCUUUACAGGGAGCAUGCCCAGUUUUCCAACAUAUUCUCAGACAACAUACCCUCAGAUGCAGUAUCCGGCGUUUCCUCCACCACCCGGGGCAUCAUAUAAUAAUGGGACAGCUGUCCACUACGCCGACGACAAUCCUUAUGGUGCCGUCACCAACCCACCCGCCUACGUGCCAACUCCUCCUCCCUUUCCUGUGGGUGUUCCCAGAGCAGAUACGAGAUGA